AGAUAUGAUAUUGGCAUCAUUGGUGGAUGGUACCCGAGCUUCGGGCAAUCACGAGGUGUUCGUUGUGGGGCAUAAAUUGGAUCGAGCCUUUCGAAUAUUACCGUAUGGCUUUCUACUGGAUGAGGACAGUGAAGCACAGUGCAUGAAACAUGUCAUCGCGCCACCUCCCGGUCUGAAACGAUACGAUCUCAUCAGACGUUUCAAUGCGAACAUCCCUUAUAAUGGACUAACCUAUUCAGUGGCCCAAGAGGGUUUUUUUACGGAGAAUAAAGGAAAACUGAUCGUUGGCUGCUUGGAAUCGGUUCUGAACGAAACGUAUCCGCCGGAAGGUGACUUGUUCUCAACGGCAAAGUGUGAAGCACAAUUGCAGUGUUUGCAUCGAUUAUUUGCCUCAAAGAGUGGAUUUCAAGCAUUCACUGCAGUUCCA